AUGUUUACGUUCUGCCCGCUGCAAGGCGCGUGUUCCGAAUCAGCCGCUUCGCAAUCUAUCCUCGAGCUUGAUGGAGGAGUGAAGGUGCUGAUAGAUCUUGGAUGGGAUGAAUCUUUUGAUGUCGAGAAGCUCAAAGCGCUCGAAAAACAGGUGCCGACUCUAUCACUGAUCCUUCUUACACACGCAACGACGUCGCAUUUGGCAGCCUUUGCCCACUGCUGCAAGAACUUCCCACAGUUCACCAGGAUACCCGUUUACGCCACGAGGCCAGUCAUCGACCUCGGACGAACACUUACUCAGGAUCUAUACUCAUCUACGCCACGGGCCGCAACGACCAUUCCGCACGAUUCCCUCAGCGAAGUCGCAUACUCUUACUCGCAGCAACCUACAACAGGUAGCAAUUUCCUGCUCCAGGCCCCGACACCCGAAGAGAUCACCCGAUACUUUUCUCUCAUCCAACCGCUGAAAUAUUCACAACCGCACGAACCUCUACCAUCACCAUUCUCACCGCCGCUUAAUGGUCUCACAAUCACGGCUUUUAAUGCCGGCCAUACCCUCGGUGGGACGAUAUGGCAUAUUCAGCAUGGGCUCGAGUCGAUCGUCUAUGCUGUAGACUGGAAUCAGGCUCGAGAAAACGUGUUCGCUGGCGCCGCAUGGCUCGGAGGAGCGGGAGCUGGCGGGGCAGAAGUCAUUGAGCAGCUACGCAAACCGACAGCUCUUAUCUGCAGCAGUCGCGGCGCCGACAGGAAUGCGCCAUCUGGUGGUCGCCGCAAACGCGACGAACAACUCAUUGACAUGAUCAAGCUGUGUGUGAGCCGAGGAGGAACGGUCCUCAUCCCUGCAGACUCGAGCGGACGUGUGCUGGAAUUAGCUUACCUUCUCGAACAUGCGUGGAGGCUCGAGGCAGGUAAGACCGACAGCGCUUUGAGAGCGGCCAAGCUGUAUCUGGCUGGUCGUAACGUGUCUAGCACCUUGCGAUAUGCGCGAAGCAUGCUCGAAUGGAUGGACGACAAUAUCGUCCGCGAGUUUGAGGCCACGGCGGAUGGCCAGCGGAAGGCCAACGGCAAUGACGGCAAGCAUGCAAAAGAUGCCGCGCCCUUCGACUUCCGAUUCAUGAGGCUUGUGGAACGAGAGGCACAAAUACGAAAACUCCUGAGUCAAACCUCGGAGAAUGUACGGUCGGAUGGUCGAGUCAUUGUCGCGAGCGACAACAGCUUGGAGUGGGGCUUCUCUCAUGAGCUCCUCCGAGAGCUUGCAAAGGACUCGAGGAAUCUACUGAUUCUGACUGACAAGCCUUCUCUUGCUCAGAGUGGACAGCCAUCUAUCGCAAGGACCUUGUGGGACUGGUGGCAGGAACGCAGAGACGGCGUCUCGAUCGACCAGUCGGACAGCAAUGACAGCAUCGAACUUGUUUAUGGCGGUGGCCGCGCACUCACUGUUACGGACGCCAGGCGACAAGGACUUGAAGGCGACGAGCUCAGCACAUACCAACAGUGGCUUGCGACACAGCGCCAGUUGCAGUCGACACUCAACGCGGGGGUUGCUGGGUCUCUGGAAGCUCCAGCCGAUGUCGGGGAUGAUGGGUCCUCCGAAUCGUCAUCCGACUCAGGUGAAUCAGACAAUGAGCAACAAGGUAAGGCUCUGAACAUCUCUACCACGAUGGGACAGGCAACGAGGAAGAAAGUUGUUUUGAGCGAUGAGGACCUGGGUAUCAAUGUUCUCACAAAGAAACUCGGAGCAAGUGAUUACGAUGUGCGAGCCAAGCGAGGCCGUGAAAGGUGCUUUCCGCUCACCAUUCGGCGCAAGCGUGACGAUCAAUUCGGCGAAGCUAUUCGCCCAGAAGAUUAUCUCAGGGCCGAAGAGAAGGAAGAGGAUGCGCAAGACGCGCAGGACACUCGACGCGACGAUGUCGACGGACGCCUAGGGUCGAAGCGGAAAUGGGAUGAGGGCAAUGGGACCGAUGCGAAUAAGCGGUCCAACGCAAGAAGAGAAGGAUCUUUAGACGAUGUCGACAUGCUCACAGCUGCAGACGGACACUUAGCUGACGAGCUCGACGAUGUUGAGGACGUGGUGGAGGAAGAGAUUCUUGGGCCGUCCAAACUCAUCACUUCCUCUGAGACGGUCACAGUCAAUUUACGAAUCGGCUUUAUUGACUUCAGCGGGCUUCACGACAAACGCAGUUUGAACAACCUCAUCCCUCUCAUCCAACCGAGGAAGUUGAUUCUAGUGGGUGGCAGUCAAGAGGAAACGACGACUCUGGCCGCAGACUGCAAGAAGUUGCUUGCCGCGCGGAUCGGUGCGUCCGAUGAGAGCGCGGUUGAUGUUUUUACACCAGAAGUUGGCACGACUGUGGACGCCAGCGUUGAUACCAAUGCAUGGGUUGUGAAGCUCGGCGAUAGUCUUGUUAAGAAGCUCAAGUGGCAGAAUCUGCGAGGCCUAGGCAUUGUCACGAUCACAGGUCAGCUGCUUGGCGAGGGUCAUGCCAUCUCUGAGUCCACGGGUUCCAACAAGAGGCUCAAGACGGCGAGCAACGAUGACGGUGCGGCUUGCAAAGGUGGAGAAGGAAGUGAGGAUUCCGACAACAAAGAAGUCGAGGUAGUACCUGUUCUCGAUACACUACCUUUGAGUAUGGUGUCGGCGGUGCGGUCGGUCGCACAGCCACUCCAUGUCGGCGACCUGCGGCUUACGGACUUGCGGCGGGCAAUGCAAUCGACCGGCUACACGGCCGAGUUCCGGGGCGAGGGCACGCUUGUCAUCAAUGGGGCUGUGGCAGUGCGCAAGACGAAUAUGGGCAGGAUAGAAGUGGAGAGCGUUGGUGUGGCAGACCCGUCCGCUAUGAUGCAGCAAAGGAGCACAUUCUACGAGGUGAAGCGGAUGAUUUACGAUGGGCUCGCCGUCGUCGCAGGAGCUUAA